CCAGAGUCGCGGUUCAAAGUGCUGAUUCCAUAACAGUUUCUCGCUGAGUCAGCAUUUAUGAUCCCAUGAUGGUGGAGCAAGAGCAGAUCCAGAAGAGGACCUUCACCAACUGGGUCAACGCCCAGCUGGCAAAGAGGAGGCCGCCAUGCAUGGUCGUGGACCUGUUCACCGAUUUCCGUGACGGCUCCAAACUGCUGGACCUGCUGGAGGUGAUGAGCGGCCAGCGCAUUAGUCGGGAGAGAGGCAGGGGGAUGUUUCAGCACCGCAGCAACAUCGAGAAAGCCCUGGCCUUUUUAAAGAAGAAAUCGAUCAAAUUAGUCAACAUAAACAUUCCCGACAUUAUCGAUGGCAAGCCGUCCAUCAUCCUGGGCCUCAUAUGGACCAUCAUCCUACAGUAUCACAUCGAGGAGCUGGCCAGCGGCCUGUCCUUCAGCUCCCGUCAGUCGUCCAUGGAGUCGCUGGCCAGCCUGGACACUCGCUCCAGCCUGUCGAGCCGCUCGGCCGGCAGCAGCCCCGUCCCGCCGCGAGGCUCGCCGCUGCACAGCCGCUUCAGGGUCUCGGCUAAGAAGGCCCUGCUGCUGUGGGUGCGCGAGCAGUGCCACAAGGCCGGCUGCACGCUGAACGUGAAGGACUUUAAGGGCAGCUGGAGGAGCGGCGUGGUCUUCCUGGCCGUCCUGUACGCCCUGCGGCCCGACCUGGUCGACCUGUCCAAGGCCAGGACCAGAACCAACAAGCAGAACCUGGACGAGGCCUUCCGCAUCGCCGAGCGGGAGCUGAGGAUCCCCCGGCUGCUGGAGCCCGACGAUGUGGACGUUCGGGACCCGGACGAGAAGUCCAUCAUGACCUACGUGGCCCAGUUCCUGCAGUACUCCAGAGACCUGCCGGUGCCAGAGGAAGACAUGCAGGCAUCGCCCAAUCAGAAGGCGCAGGAAGUGACGUGCUGGCUUCUCCAGGCGUACGAGGAGCUGCUGGAGGGCUGGGACUCCACCGAGGGAGAGAGCUACGCAGAGAGAUACCACGUGUUCCAGACGUUCGUGGUGUCCUUUAACGAGCAGCGGCGCCCCGUCAUGCCGCUGCUGACGGCGAUGAAACGAACCCCGAAACCGAGCGAGGAGCAGCGAGCUCUCCGGGAGGCGUGGGACUCCCUCGCCGAAAAGCUCCGUGAGUACAAGAUCGAGCUGGACGUGAGUCUCCCCGCCCCGCUCGACUCGGUGGCCGGCUGGCUGCUGAGGGCGGAGGGGGCGCUGGCCGAGGAGGAGGGCGACCCCCAGGACCACGGCCGGGCCGCCGACGACGCCAGAGAGAAACAGGAGCUGCUCAAGAUUUGCUUGGAGGAGAUGCCGCAGCAGCUGAGGACCUUCCAGAUGUUCCAGAACCUGGACGAGUACGGAAACCUGCUGGUUCCCACCGACAAGAUGGAGGAGAUCAAGAGGAGGUUCACCAGUGUGAGAGUGACGGCUAAGUACCAUGGGAUCAGGCUGGAGUACCGGGAGCACCGCCACACCGUGCUGGAGCUGCUGGGGCAGAUCAGGACCAAGCUGCGGCUCUGGAAGAGGCCCUACAUCUCCCAGGAGGCCGUGCGGCUGCUGCUGCACGAGUGGCAUGAGCUGGUGGAGAAGCAGGAGCUGCCGUCUCUGCUGGAAGCCGCCCUUCACAAGCUGAAGGAUGUUUCUGAGAAGUACAUAAGCAAGUCUGCCCUCGCGGUGGAGUACAACCACGUCAGUCAGCAGGUGAAGCAGAUGGAGGAGGAGACGGCCGCCGUGCUGGAGGGCGUGACCGCGGCCAAGGGCACCAUGGGACGGGUGCUGUCGGCCUGGGACUCGUACAGCGACUGCCUGAGCUCGCUGCAGGCGUGGCUGGAGCAGGGGGCCGCGGCGCACGGCCUCGCCCCGCCCACAGAGGUGACGUCCGAGGUCAUGGCUGAAUGGGGCUCCCGCCAAGCCCACCUGAACGAGGUGGGCACCUUCCUGGUGGAGGUGACGGAGCCGCAGACCAGCAGGAGCCUGGCCGACGAGCUGCGCAGACUCAACGCACACUGGGCCGACUUCGCCAAGAGAGCCACUGUGUAUUUAUCAGCCGAGCCCAGCGCUGACGUCCCGGCCAGGUCCCAGGACCUCCAGGCUCUGAUCAGGGAGGCAACACUGAUCCUGAAGGAGCCUCUGGAGGUGAUGGCCGGCCCUUUACGCACCUACAGGAAGAGAAUACAGUUCAUGAUGAGGAAGAUGAGGGAAGUGGAUCUGGAGGCUCUGGUUCCCUCCCCAGACUGCUCAGCAGAUCAGAUACAGAAAAUGAAGCUGGCCGUGCCUGAGAUCCUGCAGACCCUGUCGGAGGCGGAGCAGGUGUGCACGGAGCUGCAGCACAGCGUGUCGGGGCUGGACAGCCGCCUGGCCGAGCUCCUGCACUGCGAGGCGGAGGCCAGGGAGCUCUACCACAUCCUGAGGGCUGCGGAGCGACGACCUCAGCGGAGCCAGGACCCUCGAGUCCGGGUGCUGAUUUCCCGUGGUCUGCAGCUGGAGGGUCAGGUGGUGACGGAGGAGCAGGACCUGCAGGUGAUGGUGAUGACGGGGCAAAAGAACUCUCCAAUCCAGUACCUGCACGCCUCGGCCAUGCAGGACCGAGAAGCUGUUGGUAUGUUGAGCAGCCUUGGAGCCAGGCGAGACAGAAGUAGAAGUCCUCCAGAAGAACAGCCUCCUCCAACAAAAGUCUUCAUCAGGUCACAGGAAGAGACUCAGCUUCAGAGGUCUUCAGAUGCUCUCUCAGCCACCAAGCAGACAUCUCAGCUGCCAGAGACACAGUCACAAGUUUCCCCUCAGUGUCAGGAACCCUUUGUGCCAAGGAUAGUAGUGCAGGUAUACAGAGAUGAGGAGAUGAGUUCUCCUACGUUGCCAUAUUCCUAUGCACAAGCUGUGACUCAGACCAGGCCACAGGUACCUCCAGAAGGCCAGGCUCAGGUACAGACACAGACCUCAGCACAGAUCCACACCCAGACUCAAAGAGAAGUAUCAAUACAACAGCAAGAGCUGUCGCAGCAAGAACAACAGAGACUGAAAGAACUACAGCUACAACAACAGCAACAAUUCAAACAACAGCAACUGCAAGAGGAAAUUCAGCAGCAAGAGUCGAUACAGAAACAGCAGCAACAAGAGCAGCAGAAGCAGCAACAACAGAGACAAGUUGAAAUGCAAGCCAAAGAGACACCAGAGGCCCAGAAACAGGCUCCACCUCAGCAACCAGCUCCACAGAAGAAGCCUCUAAGCACCCAGGAGCUUCAAAGCAGAAAGGCUCAGGCCAUGAAGAACCGUCCCUGGCUGCAGAAAAAGGCCUCAGAACAGGCAGCAGCUCCAGCUCCAGAUUCAGAACAGGCUCCCUCUCCAACUAAGGCUUCUACUCCAGUAAAAGCUGAUACCCAAACACUGACCCAGCCAAAGCCAGGAGAAGAAAUAAUGGUUUCAGUUCAGGUGGUUCCACAGCAUACCGGAACUCCCAGGCCCCCUCCUGAGGCACAAGUUAAGACAACUGGACAGCCACAACAACAAGAGCAGAAAGCAACAGACAACAAACAGUUUAAACAGCAGCAGCAACAACAAAAGCUAGAGCAACACCAGCUACAACAACCAUACCAACCACAAAAACAGGAACAGCCACAGCUACAACAAGCACAACAGAAACAACCAGAUCAGCCACAAACUACUAUGAGGCAUGCACAAGCACAUUCAGCCACCAUGGUUAAGACCCAGACUAUGACCAUGGCUCAGCCUCAUCAGCAAACACCCUCCCAAAUUCAACCACAGCCCCAGACUAAAGUUCCCUCUAAAUUGCAGCCAGUCAUUCAAGUUCAAGUGGAACCCAUUAGUCUGUCCCACACUACAGUGCACAGUCAGCAGCCAUUAAAGACCAUGCCGCAGGCCAAAAUGAACCAAGGUCAAUCACAGGUACAGGCUCAUCCACAGUCACAGGGCUCUACAAAGACACAGUCAAUCAGCCAGCCACAGCAACAGCUGCAGCCCCAGGGUCAGGCUUAUCCUCAAACAUGGUCCCCAGUCACACCUCAGUCUCCCAUGCAGCCACAAACUCAAGCACAUGGCCAAGCUAUGGCCCAAAUGCAGACAUGGGCUCAGAUCAGAUCUUCCUCCCCUAUGCCGACCCAUGCCCAGGCCCAGUUGCAGGCCCAAAUUCAGCCUCCUGUGCCAUCCCACAUUCAGGUGCGUAGCCAUCCACAGUCCUGGGCCCCAGUCAGGCCCCCUUCCCCUAUGCCAACCCAGCCACCCAAAGAGGGCCAGCCUCAAACCUACACUCAAACUAUUGUCCAGUCUCAAACCCAUGUUCAAACUUUAGUCCAGUCUCAAACUCAUGCUCAACCUAUGGCUCAGCAACACACUCAAGCCCAGUCUAUGGCUCAGACUCAAACCCAUGUUCAACCUGUAGUUCAGCCUCAAACCCAUGCUCGACCCAUGACUCAGCAUCAAACACACGCUCAGUCAGUGGUCCAGCAUCAAGGCCAUAUUGCCCAGAGCCAAGCACAGGCUUGGGCUCAAGUCAGAGCUGCAUCCCCAAUGCCGAUCCCACAUGUCCAGGCUACAAUGCAGCCUCAUCUUUACCCUCAGGGUGGCCCACAGGGUCAGACUCCACCCCAGCAAUGGGUCCCCAAGCAAGAGCCUUACAACCAAGCCACUGACCAGCAAAGGCACCCCCAUCCUCAAGCCUACCCUCAACAUAUAGGUCAGGCUCCACAAGCUCAGGGUUAUCCAGCAGGUCAGACUCUACAAUGGGCCCCAACUGGGCCCCAGCAAGGACUACAUCAAGGGCCCCCUGGGUAUCCUCACACAGGGUCACCAUACUCUCAAUCUCAGAUGCAGCCCCCGGCACAAACCCAGCCAUGGGCUCAACCACAGUCCCAAAUGAUGCCCCACAGCCCCAUGCAACAACAGCAGCCUCAGAUGAGAACUUACAAUCUGGCGCAUAUGCAGACACAACAGGGCCAGGUUCAGCAACAAUCUUGGAUUCAGGCACCACCACAACUCCAGCCUCAGCAAUAUUCACAGGCUCAGCAUCAGUCCCAAGCUCAGCAUCACCCCCAGCCUCAUAUCCAAGCCCACUUACUUUCUCAGUCACAACCACAACGCCAGGCCCAUCCUCAACUUAUUACACAAGCCCAGCCGCAACCUCGUCAGGUUCAAUCUCAAACACACAUCCAGGUACAGUCCUAUUCACAAGCAAAGUCCGAAUCUCAGACUCAUCACUCUCAGCCUCAGUUCCAACAGAAACCAUCACAACCCCAAUCUCAAGCCCAGUUGCCAUCACAACCUAAGGCUCAGCCACCACCACAGACCAAGGCUCAGUCACCACCACAACCCAGCAUUGACUCACCACCAAAACCCAGCAUUCAGUCACCAAUACAACCCACCAUUGAGUCACCAACACAACCCACCAUUGAGUCACCAACACAACCCACCAUUGAGUCACCAGCACAACCCACCAUUCAAUCACCAUCACAACCCAAGGCUCAGUUUCCACCACAACUCACCAUUCAGUCGCCACCGCAACCCACCAUUCAAUCGCCAACACAACCUGCCAUUCAGUCACCAACACAGGCCAAAGCUCAGUCGCCACCACAACCUGCCAUUCAGUCACCAACACAGCCCAAGGCUCAGUCGCCACCACAACCCAGACCCCAGACCCAGUCACCACCACAACCCAAGGCUCAAGCACCACCACAGCCGAAGCCUCAGGUCCAGUCACCCCCACAAACUAGGCCAGAGACCCAGCCACCUCUGCAGUCAAAACCUCAAACCCAGUCACCUCCACUAGCCAAGCCUCAACAGCCCCAACCCAAGCCCCUUUCCCAGCUCCAUGUCCUGCCUCAAUCACUGUCUGAGUCUCCAGAGCUCCGCAUCAAACCUCAGGCCUUGGCCCAAGCCCCUCCACAGGCCUAUACCGAGGCUUAUGCCAAGGCCCAGGCCCUGGCCAGGAACGGCUUUGAGGAGGCCAAGCACUGCCUACAGCAGCACAUCUUGGAUGCCAUAAACAUCUUCAAAGACAAAUGCGUAUCAGCUGAACAAGCAUCAGUGAAAGAGGAGACCCUGAGGACCCUUGACCCAGAAUUGCUGGAGGAGUUCCUGAGAGCAGCCGAGGGCAUGGAGGCCUUCUGCACCCCCUCCCAGCUCCGAGACAUGGAGUUCUUCACCCAGUCUGUCAGGACGCAGUGGGAGGCCGUGAGAGCUGACAUAUCAGGCUUUUUGCAACAAUUACGAUUUGAAGUAACAAGGAAAGACUUUAACACAGCUGCUCUGCAGUGUGAGAUGCACUUAAGCUCCAGCUUAGAGAGCAGAACUCAGGCUUGCUUCUCGGUGGAUGGCAGCCUGGCUCAGGCGGGGCAGCAUCUCGAGGCCCUGAAAGAGCUGUGUGACACCCUGAGCCCGGAGGACGCCCACCGCCUGGCCCAGGCUCAGCUCAGGGAGUGUGAGAAGAGGCUGGCCGCCAUCCAGCGCCAGUUCAGUGGAGACCAAGACACAUCAUCCCCCGACGCUGGGAUCCCUGCUGACCACAGUCAGGAUCUGACCCCACAAAAGGAGCAAACGACAGCUGACAAACCUCAGAUCUCAGUUGAGGUGUCCCAAGUGGUGGUGAAGACGAGCCCUGUUGAGAGGAGGGAGAUUGAAAAGCAGACGUCUGUAGACGAAGAUCUUGCCAGAAAGGAGUCUGUAGAAAGACAGGAGAGUAGUAAGAGGACUCUGCAGGCCCAGCUGGCUAAGAAUGAGCAGAGCAUCCAAGACGUCCCUUCUGAAUCUGUUUCCCUCAAAGGCCUGCAUUCACGGCUGCAGGAAAUACAGUUCAUGAGGCAGGAGACAGAGUCCCUGUGGUCUGACUACACAAACCAGUGCUCCCAGUUGGCUGGGAAGGCCGGGCUGGAGCAGGAGAGGGUGGAGCUGCAGGAGCAGUGGCGCAGCCAGCAGGUGAACCUCCAGAGGAGGGGCAGCGCUCUGGGCGCCGCGCUCAGACAGAUCGACUCCACCGAGAACCACAUGGUGGACUUCACCGACCGCCUGGACCGCUACCUCAGACAGCCCAAAGACGUCAGCGCCUUCACGCUGGCCAACAGCAACAUCCUCACCGAUAUCAAGGAGCUGGAUGAGAAUAUCCAGAGCGAGCUGGAUCAGCUGUCCCGGCUGAACUCUGAAUCCAGCGAGCUGGACCCCAGAGACCGCUCCCCCCUGUCCGGCGAGGUGGAGACACACCGAGCCAGCCUGGACCAGCUAAGACAGCAGGUCCAGAAGAGCGAGGCAGCCGCUCGCGCCCUCGACCGCUUCCUCAUGUCCCUGCGCACCGUGGACCAGGACAUCUCCGGAGUGCAGGGCGCCCCCUGCAGUGACCCUACGAUACUGCAGGACUGCCGCUCCAAGCUGGCUCUGAUCCAGCAGAGCAUCGACAGUCUGAGGGACAAGGCUCCCCAGCUGGACCUGCUCCUCCAGGGAGCGAGGCUGACGGUGACCAGGGACGGGGCCCCGGCCUCCUGCCUGGACAUGGUGGCCGCCCUGAUGAGGAGGGUGGAGGAGGCCGACAGUGGGCUGGCCGGCCAGCAGCAGAGCCUGCAGAGGGAGACGGAGAACAAAUCAGUGGGGCUGAGGAAGAGGAGCCUGCUGGGAGUGCUGAGGAAGCUGCAGGAGACUGCCGAGAAGCAAGGCCUGAAGGAGCCAACCAUGCCUGCUGUGCAGCAAAGGCUUCGCGCCGUGUCGGACCUGGACGCCCAGCUGCAGGCUCAGCAGGCGGAGCUGCAGAGCCUCCGGGAGCUGCAGGCGAAGCAGGAAGGAGGAGAGGCCGUCCUGCAGGAGCUGGAAACUCAGUGGGAGGAGACCCAGAGGGCUGUGGCCGACAGGAAGGACGAGUGCGACGUCCUGCUGGAGCUUCUCAAGAAGUUCCAGAGCUGCCGCAGUUUCCUGAGCAACACCAUGCAGCGCGCCGAGCAGACGGUCAGCGAGCAGGCCUCCUACAUGGGCAAAGACAACCUGCAGAGGCUCAUCGCCAAGGUCCAAGACAUCAAGGAGGACCUGGCCGGCCUCGGCGAGCGAAUGGAGGAGAUCCGAGGCGUUUGCAAGCAGCUGCAGUCCCACCUGAAGAAAAUCCCCGACUGCAGCGACGCUCCGUUUGAGGCCGAGGCCGAGACGCUGAUGGACAACUGGCUGGAUGUGACGGAGAAGACGGACACACACAUGGACAACCUGAAGGUGGGGCUGGAGCUGUGGGACAAGCAGCUGAUGCUGGGCGGGGAGGUGGACGGCUGGGCCGGAGCCAAGCUGGCCCUGUUCGCCGAGAGUCAUCCCUUCCACAGCGAGCAGCAGGUCCUCGCCAUGAGGGACGAGAUCCAUGAGCACGAGCAGAACAUCGAGCGUUUCCACAAGAAGUCGGUGGAGAUCCAGGAGAUGCUGCAGAGCCAGGAGGCCCCGCUGGAGCUGCAGGUGAUGGAGACCCAGCUGAGGAAGAGGAUGGAGCAGGUGAAGGAGCUGUUCACGGACAGCACUGACGUGUUCGAGGAGCUGACCGCCGUGAAGAAACACCUGGCCGAGAGGACGGACGACUGCCUGUCGGCUGUCGACAACAUCCAGUUGUCUCUGAGCAAGAUCACGGCGUCAGAGCCACAGGCCGGCUCAGAGAUACAGGAUCUGUGCGAGCAGCUGGAGGCUCAGGAGGAGCAGGCCGAGGCCGUGCUGAAGGAGGUGGGCCUGGUGUGCAGCGUGGCCAGCCCCCAGGCGCUGGAGGUGCUGUCUGCAGAGUGCGGCCGGCUGAGGGAGGCCAUCGCCCGCACCAAGGACAUGAUCCACCUGAAGAGGGAGGAGAGGGACAAGGGCCUGCUCAGGGUCCUCAAAGAUGAAAGCAAGUCGUUUGAGGAUUGGUUCCAGGACUUGCAGCUGUCGGUCAAUGAGUGUUUUGAAAAUCCUGAGAGCAGAGAGGAAGUGGAGACAUCUCAGAGAAGACUAGCUGAUUUUCUGUCGUCCAAAGACUGCGAGAGGCGUCUGGAGCAGCUGAGAGAUCAGCUGGAGCGAGGCGGAGAGCAGCUUCCCGCCCAGCAGCUGGAUCAGCUGUCCGCCUGGCUGAAGGAGCAGCAGGAGGAGGUGAACACGUUCAGAGCUCACUGCCACAACCGCCAGCAGCAGAUGGACUCUGUCCUGAGCAGCUUGGACAGUCUGCAGGAGCAACACGACGGCUUCCGUGAUUGGCUGCAGGCCAAAGAAAAACAGUCCGCGGACUCCGACCAAGUCAAGCACCUUCUCAAAGAGCUGCAUGACGAGAGUGGAAGAGCUGAGGCCCUCGGCGAGCUGCUGGCAUCAGUCAGGAAGCAGGGCGUCCGGGCCGACAGCCUCCUGAAGGAUGGAGACAACCUGCUGCAGCGCUACCGAAACCUGGAGGCCCGGCUGCAGAGGCAGGCGGAGGCCCGGGGCGUCCUGGAGGGGGAGUUAGACGGUUUUAAUACCCAGGCUGAGAGCACCAGGGCCUGGAUCAGAGACCUGCUGCAGCCCCUAACCUCCCAGAGCGCAGAGACCCAGGCUGAGGAGGUGAAACACACGGCACAGGCUGUCCUGAGCUCCAAGCCUGAGGGAGACUCGAAGGUGAGCGACCUGAGGAGACGAGGUCAGAGUCUGUGUGACAGUGAGGACCUGGAGGAGAGCAGGAGACAGGAAGUCCAGCAGACAGUCAGAGAUGCAGAGGAGCGGUGGAAAACAGCCGUGCAGAGCGCCGAGGACGCGCUCAACAAGGCCGACGCACGAGCCGCCUUGGACAAGGACUUUGCUGCUUUCAGAACCCAGAAUGAAAACGUCCGGUCCUGGAUCAGAGACCAGAACCAAAACCUGCAGGCUCUGGACGCCACCAUGCAGCCUGAAAAGAGGCGGCAGAUUGCACAAGCCUCUCUGAGCUCCAAGCCUGAGGGAGACUCAAAGCUCGAGGCGCUGAAGGGACGCUGCCAGAAUCUGUGUGACAGCGAAAACCUGGACGAGAGCAAGAAACUGGAGGUUCGACGGACGGUGACAGACGCAGAGGAGCAGUGGCGGGCGGUCCUGCAGAGCGCCAAGGAGGCCGUCGACAAGGCGGAGACGCAGGCUGCCGUCGAAAGGGACUUGGAUGCUUUCAAAACGCAGAAUGAAAACGUCCGGUCCUGGAUCAGAGACCAGGACCAGGACCUGCGGUCUCGCGGUAGUCACAUGCCGUCGGAGGAAAGAGCACAGAUUGCUCAGGCUGUUUUGAGCUCCAAACCUGAGGGAGACUCAAAGGUGGACGACCUGAGGAGGCAAAGCCAGAGUCUGUGUGAGCGUGAAGCCCUGGAGGAGAGCAGGAAACAGGACGUCCUGCGGGCAGUGAAAGACGCAGAGGAGCAGUGGCGUGCGGUCCUGCAGGCGGCCGAGGAGGCUCUGAACAAGGCCGAGGCUCAAGCUGCGCUGGAGAAGGACGUGGACGCCUUCAAAUCUCAGAGCGAAGGUGUCCAGUCUUGGAUCAGGGAACAGAAACAGAAGCUGCUGUCGCUCGGUAGUCACAUGCCGUUUGAGGAGAGGUUACGGGCCGCACAGGCUGUUGUGAACUCCAACUCCGAGGCAGAAUCCAAAGUGAACGACCUGCAGCGGCGAGGCCAGAGCCUGUGGGAGCACGAGGACCUGGAGGAGAGCAGGAAGCAGGACGUUCAGCGGACGGUAAAAGACGCCGAGCAGCAGUGGAAAACCGUCCUGCAGGCCGCCAGAGAGGCCGAGGUCCGGAGUCUCACCGACGACUUCGACACGCAGAGGAAAGACACGCAGACCUGGAUCAGAGACAAACAGCAGCGGCUGCAGUGUGUGAGCAGCCACGCCCCACCUGAGGAGAGACGCCGCACAGCAGAGACCGUCCUGAGCUCCAGACCUGAGGGCGACUGUAAGGUGAACAACCUGAGGAGGCGAGGCCAGAGCCUGUGUGACCUUCAGGACCUGGAGGAGAGCAGGAAACAGGAGGCUCAGCGUGCCGUCAAAGACACGGAGGAGCAGUGGCGGACGGUCCUGCAGGCGGCCGGUCAGACGGCGGACGACGCCGAGGCUCAGAUCGCCGUGGAGAGCGAGAUGAGAGUGUGGGAGCUGAGGGAGUUUGAUUCUCAUAAACAGGAAGCUGAGACGUGGCUGAGAGACCUGCAGGGAAGGCUGGAGUCACUGAGCAGCCAAACGGAGGCGGAGGACAGACUGCACGCCGCUCAGGCCAUCCUCAACUCCAAGCCCGAAGGAGACUCCAGGCUGCAGGAGCUGCGGAGGCGAGGCCAGGCUCUGUCUGAGCACCAGGACCUGGAGGAGAGCAGGAGGCAGGAGGUCCAGCAGACGGUGAAGGACACGGAGGAGCGGUGGAGGACGAUCCUGCGUGACUCCAAACAGGCCCUGGAUCAGGCCGAGCGCCAGUGUGCUCUGCAGGCCCGGCUCAGGGACUACGAGGCCCAGAGGGAGACCACCCGAGGCUGGCUGGAGGAGAAGCAGCAGAGCCUCUCCUCUCUGGACUCCCAGACCGACCCAGAGAAGACAAUAAACGCUGCACAGACCAUCCUGAGCUCCAAGCCCGAGGGGGACUCCAAGCUGUCGGAGCUGAGGCGACAGAGCCAGAGUCUGUGUGAAAACGAGGACCUGGAGGAGGCCAGGAGGCGGGAGGCUCAGCAGACGGUAGAGGACGCGGAGGAGCGGUGGAGGAACGUCCUGCAGGCCGCGGAGGAGGCUCUCAGCAAGGCUCAGGUCCAGUACUCCCUCUCCAGGGAGCUGGACGGUUUCCGCGCCCAGGCAGAGAGCAGCGGAGCCUGGGUCGCAGAGCUGCAGCGGCAGGCCGACUCCCUGAGGAGCGGCUCUCACGGCAGCCGGGCCCAGAUAGAGGACAGGCUGAACACGGCACAGGCUAUUCUGAGCUCCAAGUCGAAGGCGGAGGCCGACAUGCUGGAGCUGAAGAGACGAGAACAGAGUCUGUGUGAAAAUGAGGACCUGGAGGAGAGCAGGAAACAAGAGGUGCAGCAGGCGGUAAAAGACACAGAGGAGCAGUGGAGGGCGACGCUGCAGGCUGCUGAGGAGUCACACAGGCAGUUGGCGGGCGUGUUGGAGCGCCUGGUGUCCUGUCAGUCCGAGCGCGCUCAGGCUCAGUCCCGCCUGGCUGAGCUCAAGCAGCAGACCGCCGACCUGCCCCGCCUCUUCUCCUGGCCCGGCCUGGGAGACCGCCGGCAGGCCGCCGAGCAAAUCCGGAGCCUGCUGGACCGAGCCGGCGCCCUCGCCCCCGUCCUGUCCGCUGUGCACGCAAAGAGUUUGGAGUUGUCUGAGAUCACCCAGGACCCCAGCUGGUCCCACCCGUCCUGGGCGGCCAUGGAGGAAUCCAUCCCUGCCGUGCUCAAAGAGCUAACGGAGCUCGGAGCCAACAUGGAGUCGGGCAUCCGGACGGAGCGUCAGUGCAUGCAGCUGGUGGAGCAACACGGAGCCGCUCAGAACUGGCUGAGGGAGCAGGUGAAGAGUCUGGGAGCUCCUCCGGAGGACAGGCAGGGUCUGCACGCUGCUGUCAACACACUGAAGGCUCUGCUCCAGACGGUGGACCGGGAGGAGAGGGAGAUGAAGGAGCUGGACUCGGCCAGAGACGGCCUGCUGAGCCUCUGCACCCCCGGAGGUCGGGACGCCCUGACGCUGGAGGUCAGCCACCUCCACGAGCUCUGCGCCUCCUCGGAGCAGGAGGUGAAGGAGCGCCUGGCCGGCUGCGAGGCCAGGCUGGAGGAGCUGGACAGGCAGGCGGCCGGCAGAGUCCAGGGCCUGAAGGACCGAGCGGCGGCCCUGCAGUGGGAGCUGCGCUCUCUGGACCAGGCGCUCAGCUACAGCGAGCCGCAGAACAACAUCGCCCAGCUGCAGCAGCACUGGCACAGCCUCCAGAACUGUGAGAAGUCACUGGAAGGUCUGGGGGUGAAAGUUCAUGACCUGCACCAGGAGUCGCAGUCUGCGGCUGCAACAGAUGAGCUGCCAGCAGACGUCGUCACCACGGUGGAAUCUCUAAACCAGCAACACGACAGCCUGAGGUCCAGGCUAAGCGUGAGGCAGGGAUCCUGCUCUGACAACGCAGCUCGCUGUCUGACCGACUGUCUUCACGCCCUGCAGCGGUGGAACCACAGCAAACCAUCAGAGACUGUUUCCUCUGUUAAGGUGGCUUUAGAAGAAGGUGAAAAAAUGCGACUUAACCUGCAAGAGGCGCUUUCUCACCAGCAGUUUCUGGUAGACUGUCUGAAACCUGACGUGUUGGAGAGACUGCAGAAAGAGGGCUCAGAGACACUCAAAGAAGCAGACACACAUACUGCUUCUCUCAGCCAGAACAUGAAGGAACUUGAUGAAAAGAGUAAACAGAAGUUGCAAGACCUUCAGUCGUCUCAGGUCCUGCCUGAUAAUCUGCCGGAGACGCCACUGGUGGCACCACCACGGAAGAGCAAGCACUCACCUGAGAAAAAGCGUGCUUCCAUUGUCCAGGAAAGCCAUCAAGAAAACAGUGCCACAGUGGAGAAAUCCAUAUCUGUUGAGGAGGAGCUUUCAGUUUCACUAGACACCAUACACACUGAGACUAAAACACCAGAUCCUACUAUAACAGUAGUCGUGGAAGAGAGUAAAACUACUGGUGUGGAGCAAACCAAGCCUGAACCUACCAAGAGGAAAGCUAAGAGGCAGAAAUCUCUUCCAGAACCCACCACAGAACAAAGUAACACUGCUUUUGGAGAGGCACAGUGUAAGAAUAUAAAAUUAUCUAGGACUCCUGAUCUUGCUAGACCAGAGCAGACUCAAACUACUGCUGAGCAGCCUACACCGACCAAAGCAGACCCUAAGAGUGCACUAUCUGAAGUGUCUCCUGUGGUUGCCACAGCAGAGCAAACUGCUUUUAUGGAGCGCACCAAACCUGAAGCAAAUUGUGCAGAACUUUCUGUGGGUGCUGUGGAACCUGUACAGAUCAGACAAGUCUCUGAGAGUCCAAAACCUGUGCCAUCCAGGAGAAAGUCAAAGGCUUCACCUACUGAUGCAGAGCCUUCACAGACCAAGGGGGAGACUCAAAUGCAGCCAGUUUCCAUUACUCAAGAGUCAGUCACAGAUCAGACUGGAUGUGCUGUUGUGGAAGAAAGUGAGCACAUACCAACAAGGAUUCCAGAUUUCUCCACAGUUUCAGAGGCUGUCACUACCAGCCCUGUAACUGCUGAUGGUGAGACUGAGGGCAUUAAGAAAGAGCCUGAGUCUCUGAAGUCUUCCAUUACCCCAGAAUCAAUCACAGAGCCAGCUGAAACCACUGUCGUUGAGGAAGCCAAGCUUGUACCUACCAGAAGAAAGUCAAAGGGUCAACAACUUUCCAAAAAGCCUAGUGAUGCAGAAUCUGCAAAGAUCAAGGAAGAGCCUGUGAGACUGAAGUCUUUCCCAACUUCAGAGCCCAUCACAGAGACAAAUGGUGAGCAACAUAAGUCUGUGCCAAAUACAAGAAAAUCAGAGAGUCUGGAAGUUUCCACAACUGCAGAGCCAAUCACUGCCCAUGGGAGAGCUUCUGAUGGGGAGCAUGAGAAAACUAAAAAAGAACCUGAGAGUGUGAAGUCUUCUUCCGCUCCAGACUUGGUCAGUGGAAAAACUGAAACUGCUGUUAUUAAACAAGGUAAGCUCUCACCACCGAAACGAAAACCAAAGAGCCCUGUGAUCUCUCUGAAGCCUAAAGAAGUUAAACCUGCACAGACCAAGAAAGAGAAGUCCCCCUUGAGCUCCAAGAAGCAGAUGGGAACUGCUGUUGUGGUGGAAACUCAGCACUUGUCAACCAGGGUUUCAGAAAUCUCCACAAUUUCAGAGGCUGUCACUACCAGCCCUAUAACUGCUGAUGUGCAGUCUGAACACACUAAGAAAGAGGCUGAGUCUCUGAAGUCUUCUGUUGCUCCAGAGGCAGUCACAGAGCAAGCUAAAACCACAGUUGUUGAGCAACCCAAGCUUGUACCCACCAGAAGAAAGUCAAAGAGUCAAGAACUUUCCAAAAAACCUGCUGAUGCAGAACCUGCACAGGUCAAGGAAGAGCGUGAGACUCAGAAAUCACUCGCAACCUCAGAGCCAGAUGCUGCCCAUGGUAAAACUACUGAUGUAAAACAAUCUGAGAGUGUGGGGUCUUUCACAAUGCCAGAAUUGGUCACAGGAAAAACUGAAACCGCUGUUAUAAAACAAGGUAAGCUUUCACCACCAAAACGAAAACCAAAGAGCCCUGUGCUCACCCCGAAACCUAAAGAAGUUGAGCCAAUACAGAUCAAGGAAGAGCCUGACAGUCAAAAAUCAGCUGUAAGCUCCAGAGAGCACAAUAAAACUGCUGUUGUAGUGGAAACUAAACACAUAUCAACCAGGGUUUCAGAAAUCUCCACAAUUUCAGAGACUGGCACUACUGGCCCUAUAACUGCUGAUGUUGAACCUGAACACACUGAGAAAGAACCUGAGUCUCUGACGUCUUCCAUUAUUCCAGAAGCAGUCACAGAGCAAGCUGAAACCACGGUUGUUGAGCAACCCAAGCUUGUACCUGCCAGAAGAAAGUCAAAGAGUCAAGAACUUUCCAAAAAACCUGCUGAUGCAGAGCCUGCACAAGUCAAGGAAAAGCCUGAGAGUCUGAAGCCUCUCCCAACCUCAGAGCCUGUUGCUGCCCAUGGUAAAACUACUGAUGUACAACUGGAGAUAACUACUAAACAGCCUGAGAGUGUGAAGUCUUUGUCAGCUGAAGACUUGGUCAGAGGACAAACUGCUGUUGUACAACAAAGUAAACUUUCACCACCCAAGAGAAAACCAAAAAGAGGUGAUGUCUCCCUUACAGCUAAAGAAGUUGAGCCUGCAAAGACCAAGGAAGAGCCAGACGGUCAGAAAUCAUCCUUGAGCCCCAGAGGAGAGAAUACAACUGAUGAUGUUGGGCCUGAACACACUAAGAAAGAGCCUGAGUCUCUGAAGUCUUCCAUUACUCCAGAAUCAGUCACAGAUAGAGCUGAUACCACUGCUGUUCAAGAGGCCAAGUUGGUACCCACCAGAAGAAAGUCAAAGAGUCAAGAAUUUCCCAAGAAACCUACUGAUCCAGACAUUGCACAGGUCAAGGGAGAUAAUGAGAGUCAGAAGUCUUUCCCAACAUCAGAGCCAGUCGCUGCCCAAGGUGGAGAUGUUGAUGUGGCUUUGUUUGUACCAACAAGGAGAAAGUCAAAAAGUCAAAAACUUUCUACAGCCUCAGAAUCCAACCAAACUCUGGAGUCUCAGAGUCCAGAGAUUUCCAUAUAUCCCGAAAAGGAUGCAAAGACAACAAGAGCAGUGGAGCCUCUUCCAGAGAAAGAGAAAGGCCAUAAAGUGGCCACUGUCAUCUUGGAAUCUGUCUCACAGCAGAUCCACACACCAGGAAGCAGUAGUCAUUUAGUUGAGAUCCUUAGUGAGGCUCAGCUUCCAGUUGAGUAUUGUGCUGAUAAAGCAGCUCUUCUACAAGGAUUGGAAACUACAGAAGAGAGGCAAACUACACUAGUGAUUGGUCCAGAAACUAAGAAGAGCAGUGUCCAGGUUCUCAGCACCGAUCCUGCAAAACCCAGUGCUCCUGACAAUUCAACAUCUAAACAAGUUUCCGUUCCUGAUACUCCAAGUACUGUUAUCCAUAAGAAAGCACAGGAGCCUCCAGGAAAGAAACUGGCCUCAGUCAUCCUAGACACUUCAUCUGUUUUUGUACAGAUAACAGACACCUACCCACAGACAAGCUCUGAGAUUGUGCGUAUUGUUUCCAGUGGAUUGUCUGGGGCUGAUACCACAUUCAUUCAGGCAUCAGAAAAAUCAGAGACCGAUACUCAGUUGCUUCCUUCUGUUGUAUCUGUAGAGUCUUGCGUUCCACCCAGUCAGACUACCUUGUCUGAGGCUUCACCGCCUGUGUUACAGGAGGUUAAAGUCGCAGCUGGUGAGGUCCCAGAGCAAACCAUUUCCCAGCCCACAGAGAGCGACUUGAGUACAGCUCCCCAUGCACAGCUGCUUGUCUCCCAAGCCACUGAGACUCAAAAGCGAUAUCUGGUUCUUGACCUUCCUGAGAUGGGAGUUUCCCAGGAGAAGCUUGUUGAGAAGCCAGAUCAGUCAGAGAGAAAGUAUGUUGAUCAAGCACAACAGGAGUGUGUUGCUGAACGUGACACUGCUCAGCCUAUUUUAACUAUGCCUGCUGUUUCUGAGGAAGUGCAGCCACAUGAGGCAGAGACGGCGUGCACAGAUGUUAACUUACCUCAACAAGAGAUGAUGAAGCUGAAACCAAGCCAAACUGAGACUCAGGUAGAGCUUCUCAAAACCACAGAGGAAAGACCUGAAGAGGUCAAGGGAUACAGUACGGAAGAAAACUAUGCUGAAGAGUUGAAGCCCAAACAUGACAUACAUGAUGCACCCAAGAGUUUUGAUGAAAUACCUGUUAGGAUAAAGAAAAUUCACUCAGUCACUCACUCAUUUGUCCAACUAAAUACGCAGAUCAAUGUUGAGCUGCAGGAAAACUCAGCUGUCCCAACAGAAAAGAGCUCAAGAACAGAUGUAGUGCAAAUAAUCAACCAAUAUGAGGCAGAACCAGAAAGCAAGGAUGUGACUGUUACUGAGGUUCAGCCUGAAGAGGCUGAAGGCCAGCCAACCAAGGUAGAACAGCAAGAAAGCAGUCAUGAAUCUCUCAAAGUCAGAGCUAGCCAGGUCGCAGAGCAAACCAUGGCACAGCCUACAGAAAAAGACUUAAGCACUGCACCCCAUGCGCAGCCACCUGUCACCCAGCCCACUGACACACCACAAGAUGAUAACAUAGACCAGUCAUGGAAGAAUAUCCCUGAGAUUCAAAAGAGAUAUCUGGUACUUGAUCUUCCUGAGAUGGAGGUUGUCCAGGAAAAGCUUAUUGAGAUGCCAGAUCAGUCAGAGAGAAAGCAUGUUGAUCAAGCACAGCAAGAGCAUGUGGCUGAAUGUGAAUCUACCCAGCCUAUCUUAACUAUGCCUGCUGUUUGUGAGGGAGAGCAACCACGUGAGGCAGAGGCAGAGUGUACAGACAUUGAAUUACCUCAACAAGAGAUGACGAAACCAAGCCAAGCUGAGACUCAGCCGGAGCUCCUCAAAGCCACAGAGGAAAGUCCUGAAGAGCUCAAGGGUUACAGUACCCAAGAAAAGCAUACUAAAGAGUUGGAGACCAUACAUGACAUGCACGAUGUACCAAAGAGUCUUGAUGAAACAUCUGUUGGGAUAGAGGGAGUUCACACAAAAACCAAUGUGUCAUUGGUCCAAGUAACUACACAGCUCAAUGUAGAACAGCAGGAAAACUCAGUUGUCCCAAUAGAAAAUAGCUCAAAGACAGAUGUAGACCAUACAAGCAGCCGAGAUGAAGCAAAACCAGAAAGCAAGGAUGUGAUUAUUACUGUGGUUCAGCCCGACAAGGCUGAAGGCCAGCCGGCUAAAGCAGAAGAAAGCAGCACUGAACCCCUUUUCACUGUAGUCCCCGAAGCACCAACAGAUGUAAAGGAAAAAGAUAAGAAAACAGAAGAAUGGGAGAAGGAAGAGGUGAAGGAAAAGAGGUUCAGUUUAAACAGAGAACUGAAAGAAACUCCACCUCCCGUUGCCACAGCAACAGCUGAUGACCAAGUGCGGCUGGAGAGUGAUUUGCCACAGGAACAGAUGCACCGUGCAGAAAAAAUGUCAUCAGCACCAGUGGAGGCAGUUCCUGUUCAGAAAGCUUCAUUUGUAGUGGUUGAGAAAAUCCAGGUAGAAGUACAGCCCAUCGAGGAAAACCAAGUUAAGGAAGAGGUUAAUGUGAAGACUGAGGAACCAGUUCAGGAGGCAACAGAGGAACCCACCAUGAAGGACACCUUCUCAAAGAUCCAGCUUGUUGCAGGGACUGAACCUAGGAGCUUACUCUUUGAGGAUAAACCCCAGGAUGACUCAGCCUCAGAGAUUAUGGGUACAUCCAUCAGUGACAUGGAAGAUCGUCUGAGCAGGCUGGUGGCUAAAGUCUUGGGCUGUAAAAACUGUUCUGUUGAACUCAACCCCACAACAAUCGCCCAACAGGUUGAAAAGGCUGAGGAAUGCCGACAGGCUGCCCUGGACCAGGUGUCAUUGCUCUCCCAGCAGAGAAUAACUGAUGCUGAGGACAAAGACUACCUGGAGCAUGUGGAAGGCCAGUGGAACGCUGCUCUGGGGGAUGCCACUGCUGUUAUCCAGAGCAAAGAGGCCCAUCUGAAACUGGUGACUGACUGUGCCAGACAGACAGAAGCAGCCAAGACCACCCUGGAAAAACUGGUGGCAGAACUAGACACUGUCAGAAACACCCCAGAAGAGACCAGCUCCAAGGAGGUAGAGAGGCUGUGCUCUUUCCAAAGAAGCAUGGAGGAGAACAGGACAGUUCUAGGAGAACUGCUUCUGACUCAUACAAAGCUUGCCCCCCACCUCAGCCGAUGUGAGCGAGCAACUGCACAGAUUGAGCAGCAGGUCCUACAGGAGAAGUGGAGAAGCCUAGAAAGAGGUGUGGAGAAGACCUUGUACCGCGUAAAUGUCCAUGCCCAGGAGACCAGCAACCUUCAGUUCGAAAUAUCAGGCCUUCAGAACCACCUUGAGGCUGUUGCAAAAGACCUAGAAGCCCAGUCUCCAGCUGUUACUCCGUGGAAUUGUAAGAGGGCACAGCAGUUGAUGGUGGCAAAUGCUGAGAUUAAUGCUGCUCAGCAGAGAUACCUCCACCUGCAGCAGGUCUCAGAGGCACUAGUCCCCAGCUCAAAAUGGGAAAAGGAUAGAAAAGAGAUAGAACAGGGGCUCCAGAGGGUCAAAAAGCAACUCUCCCACACAGAAGAACUAAUUUCUUCCCAAACCCAGAGCAGCAGCAACCCCACCAUGGAGAAAAUCGUCAAGGUGAUAAAGGAUGCCCUUGCCUGGGCUAAGCAAACAGAGAGUGACAUUGAGAGCAGGAGGAAAAAGGUGGCUCUUCUGCCUGAAGAUGUGCACCAGCAGAUCAGAAACCUGAAGCAGCUACAGUCUGAGAUUAUGGCCAAACAGGGCCAGCUGGAGAUACUGGUGGAGGAGGUGACAGAGCUUCUCCCACAGCUGGACAAUACUGAGGAGGUGCCUAUGGCACGUUCCUCCCUAGCUACUUUAGAAGAGCUCUCCAAGUCUACCAGUGAGAAGCUAGCCAAGGCUGUGAGAGAGAUAGAGUCGAGUCUGCAGUCCAGAGAAAAGAUGUCACAGCAGAUUGCUGACCUAGACUCCUGGGUUGUGGCUCAUCUGCGCAAAGAGACCUCCAGAAAACCAGAGAGUGAGGUCAGGAGCCCAUCUGACAUUGAUCGCCAGGCUCGUCAGAUUCAAGAUACACUGACUGAGGCUGAGAACCAGGCUGCUGUCAGUGAGGCUCUUGUAAUGAAAAGCAGAGAUAUUGCCUCUGAACUCAGCAUCACAGAGAACUGCCUACUACAUGACAAGCUUACCAAUCUCCAGGAGGAUAUCAGAGAUAUUAGCAGCUAUGAGAAGACCAACAAACAGGAGUUGGAGGAACUCAUCGAGACUCAAGACUCGUCUAAGCAAAAGCUGAAUGCUGUAGAAAAAAGCCUGAGACAAAUGUUGGUAGAUUUGAACAGGCACAAGUUCCCCAUCACCAAAGAGUCACUGCAUGCUCUUGAACCUUUCAAACACAUGAUUUUGGAGCAUAAGUGUCAGGUGGACCUUCUCCAACCCUGUAUCCCGCAGGAAAAGGCAAGGGAACUGUUCUCAGUGAUUGCUGAGCUUCAGACCAAAUUGGCUGCCCUGAAUAUGAAGUCCAGGGAUCAUGAGAAAUACCUGAACUUGAGGCAGUGCGUGGAGGACUUCAAAGAGAAUGUGCAGGAGCAAGUUCUCCAGAGCAAAGAUCCUAGCAGGAAUGUCGAGGAAAGGUACAAGACCUGCCAGACCCUCCUUGCCCAGUUCCCUCUCAUGAAGGGAAUGUGUGACGAGGCUGCUUAUCAGCUCCAGAGCAUCUCCCAUGACCUGUAUCCCUCACAGCUGAAUGCUGAGCGACAGAGACUUAAGCAAAACAUGGAGAGCCUUAAUACCUGGAAGAUGGCUAUCAGCAACAACCUUAGCAUCAUUGAGUGGGAUAUGCUGAAGGGGCUGAACCUUGAUGCAGAGCGGAAAACCACUGAGGCCUUCCUCAGGGAAACCCAGGAUGAGCUUCUACAGCCGUACAUGUUGGAGCCAAAGGAGGCAGUCUUUACUGAGGAGCACAGGAGAAUUAUGUCAUUGAAAAGGACUGUAGAGUCCAAAAUGAGAGCACUGGAGGUCCUGGAACAAAAGAAAGGAGACCGUCAAGGGAGAAGAUCUCAGGAACAAGUGGACUUGAAGAAUUCAGUCCUAACUGAAUGUGACUCACGAAUGGAGAAUAUUUCUCAGGUCAGGGAGUCUUUGAGAAGAUACAGCUCUGCUGUGAAACACGCAGUACAAUUCCUGAGGAGUGCCGAGGCCUCAAUUCUGCCACCGCAGGGUUCAGUGGGAAUGUGCUCUGAAAGGCUGGAGGAGACCCGGCAGGCCUUGGCCUCAUUGGAGCAGCAGUUCCAGAUUCAUGUGGACCAGCUCCAGAGCCAGGUUCCCCAGCACCCAUACCUUUCCCCCAAGCAAGUGGAGAACCUCCAGGGGAAUAUUUUGAGCCGGCUUCUGGUGAGGAUAUCCACCCUCCAGGCUCAAGGCAACAUAAAAAUGGAGAAUCUCAGCAGGUGUGGUGAACAAUACAGAAACUAUAAGAAGUGCCAAGAUGAAAUUAGCCAGUGUUUGAAGAACAUAGAAGAUGGUCUUUCAAAUUGCAUGUCUCAAAAAGUCACAUCCCUCACCGACUGCACUGAUCAGCAAGUUAAACUAAAGGCGCUGUCUGAGGAGGUGGAGUCUCUUCAGCGGCGUCUGGAGGGCUUGAGGGAGUGGUGCCCAGAGCAGAGCUGUCGUAUAGGCCGACAAGCCGCUGCAGCUGCUCUCUGGAAACAGGUAUCGAGACUCCGCCGCUGCACCCAGGAGCUGACAACUCGCUGCAAAUGGAAGAUGGCAGAGUGGAGUGAUAUCAACAAGAGUGUGGAGAAGGCCUCCGCUGUCCUGGAGCAGGUGGAGGCGGAGCUUCCUGACGGUACCGGGAAGAAGGCCUCUGCCGAGGAGCUUCAUGACAUGCUGCUGUUCUGGGAUCAGUACCUGGACCGACUGGACUGUGAACAUCGGGCCAUGUCUGCACUGGAACUGCGCAUCGCCAGGCUGCUGGGUGUCCCCGCCCACCUGGAAAAGGCCCCUCCCACUCCGCUGUGCCAGCAACUGCAGGCCAUGCAGGACCGUUAUGGCAGCCUGAAGCAGAGCAGCAGGGCGGGUCGGGAUGCGGCCCGGCUGGAGGUGGAGGAGAGGGAGAAGGUGCGCGAGGAGCUGCAGGGUGUCAGGGUUUGGCUGAAGGCUGCAGACGGUCUUCUGUCGGAGCCACAGCGCUGCAGCAGCUCACAGGAGCUGCAGGACGUCCACAGCCAGCUGUGUACCCACAAGGCCGUGCUGCAGCGCAUCAUGGACGGCCUGAGGAUGAAGUACUCGGACAUGUACGUGCUGGUCCCCGUCGAGAUCGAAGGCCAGCUGCAGGACGUCACGCAGUCGCUGCAGGACGUCGAGAAGAAGGUGGGAGAGGCGGUGGAGAGGAGCGGUCCGAUCUACAGGCUCGGAGCCAAGCUGUCUGAGAUCCAGGCCGGUCUGGGCUCGGUCCAGAAGAAGCUGGAGCAGAGGAGCCCGACUGUGGCCGAGGCAGAGAGGAUGCAGAAGUGUGUGUGGGAUGAGCUGGACGUGUGGCACUCCUGCCUGGCGGCGCUCGAGGUGGAGAUGCAGGACUUAGAGCAGCCACAGGAGGCGCUGCUGCUCACCGAGCGGCUGGCUGAGAUCCAGCAGCUGCACUCCCACCUGGCCAAACAGGCCGAGCAGAGGACCGCCUUCCUCAGCAAGAUCCACACGUGGCUGCAGGAGCACGAGGAGAUGAUCAAGAGCUCCAACAGCUGGAUGACCGAGGCUCAGUCGUGGCUCACCGCUCCCUGCACCUACACCACAGCUAAAUGUCUGGCCAGCCACGUGCACGCUCUGCAGAUGGUGCUGGAUGACUCGGCGCAGAUCCGGACCACCCUGCAGGGGUUCAGCUCAGUGCUGACGGACAUGUCGCAGGUGUGUGACGUCACGCUCCUCCAGGAGCAGCUGGCCGAAGCCGACCGCCAAGUCGCCAGCGUUCAGAGCAGCUUUGUGGCUCCACUGUCUCAACUGGAGCACGCCGCUGCCGAGGUGGAGGCCAUUGAGAGUGAAGUCAGACGCAUGGAGAACGACGUGGGCGACAUCAGGAAUCUGUUAUCUUCUCCAGAGACCCUCCCCAGCCCCAGACAGGAGAGCCUCAAGAUGGUUGAGCAGAGGAUCCAGUCGAUGAGGAGGACCAUAGCUGAGAUCCAGAAAUGUAAACCAGGCCUUUGCCUUCCAGAGAAGGCUGAAGAGACGCUGUCUGUCUUCUCCGUGGUGGACCAGCUCCAAACUCUCCUGCUGGAGCUGGAGAAAAGGGUCCCUGCUCUGUUCCUCCAGCAGCCUCUGACCCCGGCCCCGGCCAAAGCUCUGUCCCCCAGCUCAUCUGCCCUGGCGUCAGCCCAGCCUCGGAUCACAGUGACCCCUUCAGAGCCGGAGGCGAGCGUGGACCAGGGCCAGAUCACCAUCGCCCGUGUCACAGAGGACGUGCUGAAGAGAUCUGGAGCCGCACUCAUGACCGUGGGCUCACCGGAGCAGAGGCAGUCCUGGGCAGCCGACAGGACUCAGGGAGCGGUGGUUGCUGGCACAGAGGAGGCUGUCAGAGAGCAAAGUGCUGAACAGCCUGACCGCCAAACUGGAGAGGAGAGAGAGGAUGUUGAGGGCGUCUCUGUCACCACGGGAGCGAGUUCGUCCGAAGCUUUAUCAAAACCCCUGGGCACAGUCAGAACUCAGGCCCUGCCCGAGAGCAUGAGCGGUGAGGCGGACAGCGGCGUUUGGUCAGUGGAGGCGUUUCAAGGCUCGGUUCCUCCACGGCCUCCAUCGUCCACCUCGGGGAAGGUUCUGGUCGAGAACCGGGAAAGAUCUGCAGAGGCUCAGGUUGCACCCAGCAUAGGAACACCCCAGCCCCUAGAAACGGCACCCACCGGGUCCGCUGCGUCACUUUUAGCCAAAACACAGGCACACACACCCUCUGAGCUGAGUGAAUCAUCACCGGUGCAAGCGAGGGCCUCGGCCUUAGAUCCCCCAGCCUCCCCCAGCCUCACACACAGCACCCACCAGAGCACACUCAGACCCCAGCAUCAAGAGGACAGGGUGGUCCUGCCUAUGGGUCCUGCACAAGGCCUGGCCCCGGGGGAGCGUCACUCGGCGGCGGGGUCGGCGUCCGGGCCCGGCCUCGGUGAGGGUGUCCUCCAUGUCUUCCUGGAGAGGGCCAGUCAGCUGGAGCGUUGGCUGCAGGAAGCGCAGGGCAGCCUGGGAGCCGCGGCUGCAGGUUCAGCCAGCAUGCAGGACAGCGUGGAGCAGCAGCUUCUCACCUGCCAGGAGAUGUUCGAGGAGAUAGAGCAGAAGGUGGCCAGCCUGUCGGCGCUCAGCCAGCAGCAGGACGUCCCGGGAACGGCGGCGGCGGCGGCGCAGCAGGAGGCGGCCGAGCUCCUCUCCUCCAGGCUGGAGCUCCUCAAGUCCAGCCUGGUCUCCUUCCAGCAGCUGCUGCAGGACAGACAGGGAGCAGAGAGGAUGAGCUGCACACAGCCACAGGAGCAGCGAGAGCGCCACCCGGAGGCCAAGCUGAAGCGCAGUGCCAGCGUCCAGGAGAUGUUCUCCUCACCCAGAAACAAACUGCUGAGGCAGAGCAGCGUGCAGCAGCAGAAGGAGCUGGAGCAGGAGCUGAGCGAGCAGCGAGGACUGACUCAUGCCAUCGCCAGGCAGGGCAGCAGGGCCCGACUGCACAGCCAGGACUCUGGGGACCAGGGCCUGCUGUCACCACGGCCGCCUCCUGCUGACGCCGAGGCGGAGUCUGCUCACAGGAAGUGGGAUCACCUUCACGGUCGACUCCUGGCUUUGCAGGAGAGCUCGCUGCUGCCUCCCUCUGAGGUGACAGACUCAUCUCUGAGGAGGACUGAUGGAACAGCAGGACGCAAGAUUGGCACCCAAACCCUGAAAGAGCUUCAGACCUGCAUCAGCCGUCUGAGGGAGCUGGGCAGCUCUGCUGCUGAGGUUCAGGACGUCCCGGUGGAGGGCGCCCAUCACAGGCUGGAUGAGGGUCUGUUUGAUGUGCUGUGCGGGGCGUCCUUGUCUCUCUCCUCCCUCAACAACCUUCUGCGGUCUGCAGCCGGGACGCAGCACGAGGACGACACACAGCUGAGGCUGCUGCAGAGUCUAUCAGCAGAACUCGCUACCCUCGGUGAUGAGCUGGUAUCUCAGGGGUCAAAGGUCAGCAGAGUCCUGAGCUCGCAGUCAGCUCAGCAGUGUGUGGAGGAGCUGUGCAGACUCCUGCCUGCGCUCCAGGCUGGACUGACCAACAGACAGAAACAUCUGGAGGACUUACUGGAGGAGACUGGAAAGCAUCAGAGGCUCCUCACAGAGUUGCAUGCAGCCUUAACCUCUAACAAGUCGGCCCUUCACCAAAUAACUAACGAACCAAACAGGACCCAGAGCGCCGACGAUCAACUCCAGGCCAUGCUGCAGCUCCAGGAGCCUCUGCAGCAGCAGGCCAGCCAGGUGAGCUGCCUGCUGGAGGAAGCCGAGCGACACGACCUGCCUGCCUCGCUCAUCCACCAGGCUGCUCAGCUGCAGGGUGAGCUGGACGGCGUGCUGGGCAGUGUUCAGUCCCGCUGUGAGGAGCUGAGGAGCAGCGUGGAGCUGCAGCAGCUGUACGAGCAGCUGGUCUGCAGCCUGGAGGAGCUGGUCGCGCGGGGCCCUGAACGCCUCGCGCAGCAGCCGGGCGCAGAGCUGCAGAGCCGGGCUGAGCUGCAGCAGCAGCUCACGGCUCAGACGAAGUUCUUCCGGUUCCUGGGCAGUCAUCUGAGGAACUUGCAGUAUUUGACCCAGAGAGUGCCAGACAUCGCCCUCCAGAGGUGGGAGGGCGUAGUGUCAGGUCUCCAGGACAAGGUGGAGCAACUGCAACAGCAAAGCGUGGAGAAAGGCACCAGGAUGAAGAGAACCUUACAGAUGUGGACACAGUGGGAGGAGGACAGCACCUGGCUAGACACCUUGCUGACAGAAAUGGAGACAUCAUUGCCCAAGAUGCACCUGGGGGAUGAUUCUGAGGAGGCGAUAUCAGAGAAACUCUCUGUCUACCAGGAUGUGGCCGGUGUCCUGCAGGGCAACCGGGCUCGGUUUGGCAGAGUGCUGGAGGCGGGGCUCCAGCUCCAGGGGGCUGGCAAUAGAGGAGUGGGCGUGGCCACCGGCAGGCUGGAGGCACGGUGGAACGCCCUGGACAUGAGGGUGGAGCAUGAACGCAUCAGCACUGACAGGAACAGGAAGCUGAGGAGCAGAUUUACCCAGGACUCUGCUGUACUAACCGACUGGAUGGGUGGAGCCAAAGAGCCGAUUGACAGGUGGAGUCAGCUCACUGUUUCAGCCAAUCAGGAGACAGAUCUUCAGCAGAGCUCUGACCACUUCCACCAGUGUUUGAAGUUCAGCAAAGAGCUGGAGGCCAAAUCUGGACUGAAGGUGUCGGUGGUCGUAGUCGGGACCCAGCUGGCUCAGCUGCUGGAGGCGGACAGAGCCUCAGAUGGAGCGGCUCUGCCCUCCCGGGUUUCAGAUCCAGAUCUGGGCUCCGUCCACGGCCGGCUCAGGCAGACGGAGCAGGACUGGGCUGCACUGCUCACUCGUGUUUCUGUGGUCCAGCAAGCUCUACAUAAGCGGUGGAUGCAGCAGUUGACCCAGCAGGGGGCGCUGGAGGAGCUGCAGGUCUGGCUGCGAGGCACAGAGUCCCGGCUGGAGGAGGAACGCUGCAGGCUGAACCAGACCUCCUCUGAUCUCACUCAGCUCCUGGCCUGCUGCAAGGAGUGUCAGACAGAGAUGUUGGCCCACCAGGCCACGUUGGACUACGUAAACCAGCCAGUGUUACAGAUGUGCAGUAUUCCAGAUAGCCAGAGGGGGCACUAUGAAUACAUUCACUUUGCCGAGGAGCAGGGCUCUGUGAGCCAUCGGUGGCUCAGUCUGCAAGGAAACCUCAACUCUCUGAUGCAGGAGGCAGAGCAGCAGCUGAGCAGCAGAGCGGACAGCGAGGCCCGGCUGCAGCACAUCAGCAGCUGGAUCGCACAUCAGAAACUCUGGAUUGAUGCGGCUCUGAGUCCCAGCAGCCGUGCUGACGUACAGAAGAGUGUGAAGACCUGUGAGGAGUUUGAGGAGAAGAUCAGGCAGAAGUCUGCUGCUCUUCAGGCUCUGAGAGACAGACACGGCAGAGGAGGAGAAAGCAGCAGCUGUGAUUUUGAGACAGAUCAAGUCAUCACGGCCUGCUCGGCUCUCGCUCAGCAGAAUGAAUCUGCAAUACAGAAGCUGAAGCAGCUGCAGCAGCUGUGGGACGGCCUGGACCAGAGGCUGAACCGGGCGAUGCUGAAAACUGUGCGGACGUCUCAGACUCUGGAUCAGCUCAGCAGCCCUCCGCUCUCCAUCCAGGCACACAGACGCCUGCACGACCGCCUGCAGCAGCGUCUUCAGGAGGAGACGGAGGGUGCAGACGCAGAGUGGGACGAACUGAGCCAAACUUUCCGCUCCCUGCAAGGCUUCAUCAGCCCUGCCGGGGCUGCUCUGCUCACCGAGCAGCUGGACACUGAGACAGCAAGCUGGACUGCGGUGGUUCAGGCCCUGGACCAGCAGCUGCAGAGGAGCCGGGCCCUGCUGCAUGUCUGGGAGGUGUACGCCCGCCUGGCCGACUCCUUCUCCCAGAGAUUACAGUCGAGACAGAGUGAGGCCGCCUCCCUGCUGACCAGCGCGGCUGAACAGGACAACACUGCUGAGCGAGUCACUGCCAAGAUCCAAACUUUGCAGAGUCUGCAGGAGAGCGCAGACGGUCUGCAGACAGACCUGGAGGCAGUGCUAGAGGCCUCCAAAGACCUGAUUGGUCACCUGGAACCCACAGCCGCUGCCCUCGUCCAAUCAGAGACCCGGCUGUUGUCUCGCGGCGUCCUGCAGCUCGGCCAGGCGCUGGCAGGGAAGCUGGGUCAGCUGCAGGUGGAGCUCGAGCGGCUCCAGGAGUUUGACAGCCUGUUGGGAUCACUUGAGAGAGACCUGGAGGAUUGGCAGGACCGGCUGAGAAAUGGGACGGGGACGACAGACUGGAGCUCAGCCCAGCGUGGCCUCCUGCAGCUGAGCGGCUCGUCUGCUGACCUGGAUGUGCUGAAUGAGCUGAGCCACAGCCUGACGCUGGGCGACGCUGCAGCUCGCCACCUGCAGCACCUCAACCGCCGCUGGGCUGAAACAUCGGCCGGAGCCGCCGAGGCCUGCAGUGAGCUGCAGACGGAGGCGCUGAGGCAGCAGAGCUUUGAGCAGAAGUGUGAGAGCUGGAUGGCUUUUCUCCAGAGGAUGGAGGACAGUCUGGCUGUAGAUCUGGCUGGAACGUACGCCGGCCUCAGAGAGCAGCUACGGACACACCAGCGGUUCCAGGCAGAGCUGUCCAUCAGCCACCAGAUCCUUCACUCCGUCAUCACCGAGGCUCUUCAGCUGCUGCAGAGAGGAGAGGUGGAGGACAGGAGUGACUUCAUCCUGAAGCUUGCCCAGCUCAGGGAGCAGUGGCAGGGUGCAGUGUGGCGGGCGGAUCAGCGGCGCUCCCUGGUGGAAGGCCUGGUAAAGCACUGGCACCUGUACAGCCGCAGCCUGAGGAAGCUGCAGAAGUUCCUGUGGGACGCUCAGACCCUCCUGCCCCCCGCCGGGCCGGCCCGCUGCAGCCUGCAGCAGCUGAGACGCUUGCUGCAGGAUCUUCGGCACACAGAGCUGUUGUUCCAGAGGUAUCAGUGCAGUUUCAUCCACACACUGGAGGUCGGCCGGCAGCUCUUCUCCAUGGGAGACGAGGAGACACAGCUGCAGCUGCAGACGGAGCUGGGGAGCCUGCAGGAGGAGUGGGACAACCUGCACAGCCUGCUGGGACGGAGGAUGGACCUCACCGAGGCAAUAGUCAAGAACUGGGAGCGCUGCGAGGCCAGACUGGCCGACAGCAUGGUGCGGCUGAAGGACGUGAAGACCAAACUGAACCGCUCGAGGCCUGAGCACGAUAACGAGCUGCUGAAAGCUGAGCAGCUCAACAAGGAGAACGAGGACUCCCUGGAGGACUGGGCUGAGAGCCUGACGGAGCUGGCCACCAUGAAGACGGACCUGUCCCAGUACAUCAUCGCCGAUGAUGUGCUCCUCCUCCAGGAGCAGGUGGAGCACCUUCACUGCCAGUGGGACGAACUCUGCCUCAAGGUGUCUCUGCGUAAACAGGAGAUCGCCGACCGUCUGAAUGCCUGGAUCAUCUUCAAUGAGAAGAAUAAGGAGCUGUGCGAGUGGCUGACGCAGAUGGAGAACAAAGUGGCUCACAACUCUGACCUCAACAUCGAGGAGAUGGUGGAGAAGCUCAAGAAGGACUGUAUGGAGGAGAUCAACCUGUUCAGUGAGAAUAAAACCCACCUGAAGCAGCUUGGGGAGCAGCUCAUCACCGCCAGCAACAAGACCAAGGAGACGGAGAUCAACGACAAACUGAAGGACAUCAACGACCGCUGGCAGCAUCUGUUUGACCACAUUGAGGCCAGGGUGAGGAAGCUGAAGGAGACGCUGGUAACUGUGCAACAGCUGGAUAAGAACAUGAGCAACCUGCGGACGUGGCUGUCUCGUAUCGAGGCCGAGCUCGCCAAGCCAGUGGUCUACAACGUCUGCCACAGCGACGAGAUCCAGAGGAAGCUGGCUGAGCAGCAGGACCUGCAGCGGGACAUCGAGCAGCAUACAGAGGGCGUGGCGUCAGUGCUGACCCUGUGCGACGUGCUGCUCCACGAUGCCGACGCCUGCGGCAGCGACUCAGAAAAUGACUCGAUCCAGCAGACGACCCGCAGCUUGGACCGACGCUGGAGGAACAUCUGCGCCAUGUCGAUGGAGAGAAGGAUGAGGAUUGAGGAGACCUGGCGUCUGUGGUGUAAGUUCCUGGAUGACUACUCUCGCUUCGAAGACUGGCUGAAGACAGCUGAGCUCACGGCAGCCAACCCCGUCUCUGCUGACGUCCUCUACACCAGUGCCAAGGAGGAGCUCAAGAAGUUUGAGGCUUUCCAGCGGCAGGUCCAUGAGCGACUGACUCAGCUGGAGCUGGUCAACAAACAGUACCGGCGUCUGGCUCGGGAGAACCGUACAGACGCCGCCAGCAAACUCAAAAUCAUGGUCCACGAGGGCAACCAGCGCUGGGACAGCCUGCAGAAGAGAGUGGCCGCCAUACUUCGUCGACUCAAGCACUUUACCUCUCAGAGAGAAGACUUUGAGGGAACACGUGAAGGCAUCCUGGUCUGGCUGACGGAGAUGGACCUUCAGCUCACCAACGUGGAGCACUUCUCCGAGAGCGACAUCGAAGACAAGAUGAGGCAGCUGAACGGCUUCCAGCAGGAGAUCACCCUGAACACCAACAAAAUCGACGCCCUGAUCGUGUUUGGGGAGAACCUGAUCCAGAAGAGCGCUCCUCUGGACGCCGUCCUGAUCGAGGACGAGCUGGAGGAGCUGCACUCCUACUGCCAGGAGGUGUUUGGCAGGGUGGCUCGCUUCCACCACCGCCUCGUUAACAGACGCCCGGUUCUGGAGGAGGAGCGGGACCUGUCAGACCGCGACACAGACCUGGAGGAUUCGCCGGACCUGACCAACGGUACUUCCUGGAGGGAGGCGGGCAAAGAGGACGAGGGGGAGGAAGGUCCGGCUGGGCGAGGCGUCUCGAUGGGACGUCACGUCAUGUGCCACCUCCUGGCGCCCCCUCUGGAGCGAUCAGGCCGAGAGACCCCCGUCAGCGUGGACUCCAUCCCGCUGGAGUGGGACCACACCGUUGAUGUGGGAGGAUCUUCAUCGCACGAGGAUGAUGAGGAUGCCACCUUCUUCAGCGCCCUGUCAGUGAAGUCAGUGACCGACCCGCCCAGCUGGCACCAGCCUGGCAGCCCGGAGAGAAAACGAAUUCCUCGGGAAAUCAUCCGCGGCCUGGGCUCCUCUCCCACCCACACCACCAGUACACCCUUCCGCCAGCAGGGCUACGCGAAGCUCAUGUCCGAGUGCAGCGGCAGCAUCGACAGCCUGAAGAGAGUCAAGCUGAUCCUGAACGACGACGAGGACCCGGAGGAUCCAGGCCUCAUCAGCAGCACGGCCGACAAGCAGACCAGCACAGGUGUGAUCGAGCGCUGGGAGCUGCUACAAGCACAAACCUUCAGUGACGAGAUGAACAUCAAGCAGGACCUGGAGCAGUGGCAGAAGCUCAACUCUGACCUCUGUGAUGUCACUUCCUGGCUGGGCAGGGUGCUGCCCGAGCUGGAGAGGCUGCAGCGCAUCGCGCCGUCCACCAGCAUCCGGGACAUAGAGGUCAACAUCCGCAAACUCAAGGAGAUGCAGAAGACCUUCAACAGCUACAAGUGUCUGAUGAUCUCCAUCAACCUGAGCAGCCGUCACUUCCAGCGGGGAGACAGCGCCGAGCUCAGGGAGCUGAAGGACGGGCUGCACUCGGCCAACCACAGCUGGACGCAGGCCUGCGCCGGCCUGGAGAGCUGGGAGCAGCGGCUGCACGGCGCCCUCAUGCAGUGCCAGGAGUUCCAUGAGACGCUGCACUCCCUGCUGUUGUGGCUGGCGCAGGCUGAGAGCAAACUGCACGCCGUCAACGUCGCCGAGCCGCUGAGCUCCCACGCCGCGCUGCUGGAGCACCGGGACACGCUGACGAGCCUGGAGGCGGAGCUGCGUGGACGGCAGCGGCAGGUCUCCUCGCUGCAGGAGAUCUCCGCCCAGCUGCUCCUGCAGGCCAGCAGAGAGGACAGCGUGGAGGCCAAGGAGAAGGUGCACGUCAUCGGCAACAAACUGCGGCUCCUGCUGCGCCAGGCGGCCGCUGACCUGCACACGCUGCAGGGGAGGCUGGAAACCAGCCCGGACAGCUCGGCGAUGGACAUCGGCCUGGGAGCGCUCGGCUCUCCUCUGCUGCUGCAGGAGGAGGCUGGAGUGCAGGCCCCUGCCGGCGCGCUGCCAGGCACCAGACGGGAGGAGAAGAGGGAUUCCUCCCCGGAUCGGCCCUUCUUCUACCGGGUGCUGCGCGCCGCCUUCCCGCUCCACCUGCUCUUCCUGGUGCUGCUGGUUCUGGCCUGCCUGGUGCCGCUGUCCGAGGACAACUACAGCUGCACGCUGUCCAACAACUUCGCCCGCUCCUUCUACCCCAUGCUGCGCUACACCAACGGCCCUCCGCCCACGUGAGACCGCCGCGCCGCUUCCCGGUGAAAUCCGUCUCCGAGGCUGACGAGUGAGGUGAAUUUCCCAGGUUGAAAUCCGGUUUGGGACUCCUGAGCGGCGUCGAGGUGCGAGAGCCUCACACCGCGUGGAAAUAAAAACCACCGGCGGCACCGCUCCUUCUCCCCGAGCGCCCUCUCACUGCAAGGGCACCACUUUGUGUUUUUGCUUUUUUAAUCAAGUCUAAAUUUUACUGGUGUAUUUAAAAAUGUAUUUAUUUAUUGUUUGUAGAGCUCAUGUCAGUGCGCAGCUUUUCGCCGAAACAAAAAGAAGAAGCCAUAUCACUGGUUUGUUUUUUUGAAGUAAAGAGGUUUUUCUAUGUAGACCGGACUCGCCAGGAAACGUCCCCCGUCAAACGUCUUCAGCAAAGGCAAAUUUCAAGAUUUAUUUUGAUAUCUCUAUUUUCAUUUUUUUGUAUGAAUGAUCACAACAGUGUGUGGGACAUAGCUGUAAUGACAGAGGACAGCUAUUACCAAAGCUUUCAGAAAUCGAGGAGAACACUAGCCAUUUUCUACCACAACUGCUGUUUUUAAUGUUUUUCACAGGACAGCCACUUGACUGUAGCACAUUUUGUACAUAUUGACUGAUAAGAGGUGUGGGGGGUUUGUCAUUUCUUUGAUUUAGAGGUAUGUACACUGUAUAACGUGAUUUUUUUUUUUUUUUUUUUUUUCCCAAAUUGAAUAAUGGUAGUGACUCAGCAGCAGACAUGCCUUUCUGUAGCCAGUGGGUUUGAAAAGAGAAAUCUUUGAUUUUUAUCUACUGUAAUUUAUCAAAUAACAAUGUACUUUCAAUUUUUUUGAUGCAUUUUGUAUAUAAUGUUGAACUACUGAAAACGAUUAGGUAAAUUAUUGAGGAUAAUUUGUAUGAAUGUGUGUGAGUAUGGCUUUGAAACCUCAUUAUACCCGGGUUGAAUAGUAUUUGAGAGAGUUAACCUGCCUGGAAUAAAAAAUAUUCUGUAUUAAGUUAAACACAGCAUAACACAACCACUGCCACAAACCUCAGACUUUAACAGGAAAGUGUUUGGGAGUCAUUCAGCAUGCUGACUUUUUUAUUUUUUAAUUGACAGCCAUAUCAAACUGAAGCAUUUUGGCAUCGGACUGCCAAUAUUUCAACUAUUUUCAUAGAAUUUUUUGAAAGCAGGUAUGCUAAAGGUUUUCCAGAUACUUUCCUGAGAUGAAGUUUUUGAAAGCUGAAGGUGAAACCGCAUCAGUGCACAGCAGCAUCACUGAGCCGGCGCUCUUCGCUCUGCCCUGUAAUGCAGUGAGCGCCUCUCGUCUGAGUGUCGGCAGGUGAAAGCGUCUCCUCAAAUCCUGUUUGCUCCACGUUUGACUUUAUCAAACUCUCGUCUCAUGCAGUUAAAUGACGCUGUUACGUCAGACUUCAAGCAGAACGUGAAUGUAAGCGAUCCUUUGGGCAUUGAAUGUAGCUGUGUACGUGCACAAUCAAAGACCCACCAUCUCGAACGCUAAUGAUCAAAUAUCACAGAGGAUUCUGUACAAACUGUCAGUGGUGGAGAAGUGACCUGAGCUGAAACCCAGGGAGCACCUGUACUUACCUUCAAACAGACUGAGCAGGUUCAUCUCUGAUGGGUUAAAUCUGUGAUCCUGUAUUGAUUUUACCUUUUUAAAUCCCUUUCUGUCAUGAAGGAAACAUGCAGGUUAAAGCCUUUUAAUCCUGGAGUUGAUUGGGACGUGAAUUGAACUGCAGGAGGUUCAACUCAGUGACUUAGCUCCACGUUGUUUUGUACAUUCAGUGGCGAAUUCACAAAGAAAGGACUUGGGCUGCUGAUAGAAUCAUGAGCGGUGCAUCACUUGCUGUCGCUAUCUGGCCCAUCUCAAGGUCCGAGACGCUGCGCUAAUGACAUGACAACGCAAACACACCCCUAAAGUUCUGCAGCUGAUUGCAGUUACUCGUGUGAAUGUUGCCUUUAGGCCAAGAGCACCAGGACGAUGCGAGGCUCGAUGUCGUCAUGUAACUAUUUGACCUGGCAAACCCGAAUCUGUGGCUAAUGCUGGUCUAUAUCAAUCUGUGAUCUUCUCCUUUGAAAUGUCUGCUCUCGAGCUCCUGGCAUGAUGAUGCCUGGCUGCAGUCGGACAGUCUGGGCGGGACGCGCCUUAGAAAUGCACUUCAGGUCCCACCGGCUCUGUGAAGAUGCUAAUAAUCUCACUGUAACUGCGUGCGGCUGUCAGCGCUGCUCUUGGUGAACUGGACUGCUUUCACACUGAGGCUCAUUUGCACAGAAAGGGGCCAGUUUUGUACCAAACGUUCGCGCAGCGCCUCGUUUAAAUACGUGCAGAGAGAGAAAGGGAGACGGCGACGCACUGACAGCGCAGUCAGGCCUGCAGCUCAUCUUCUGCAGGUGCUGUGUGAAUUUUUGUCGUAUUUGCGCAAAAGCCACUCAGUCCUUUUGUGAAUCCGCCCCUGGGAGUACACACACACACACACCACCACCACUUGCAUCAGUGUAUAAUCCCAGCCACACACUCUGUGCUCACAAGGCCAAUAGAGCAGAAACAACAAUGGUGUAUACAGUUUGAUUUAUUAAGUGAAUGCUUAUUUAUGGGAUGUAUAGAUUGUCAUUUCUGAUUGACAAUAAAACCUUGUUUGCCAUGAUUUA